AUGGGCGUGUCGGUCUACAACAAGGAGAUGCUCUCCAAUAACCGGCUCCCGCUCGUGAACGGCUUCAGCCAGCUGUUGGUCUCGAAGGAGGAAGAGAAGGACAAAGCGGACGCACGGCAUAACGGCAGAAAAGGCGAGCACGAAGCGGAUGCCGACGCCCGCCGCCACGGCCGUGGACACCUUCAGCCGCAGCCACACGCUGCGGCCGAAGCCCCGGCGCAGGGUGGGCGGCAGGGUGCCGCCGUACCGACAACGUUGAGCCAGCGUAGCGGGGUUGCCGGGGACGGUGUAGAAGAGGGAUCUUCCUCCACCACCGGCCGCAAGCAAGUGGAGGCGUUGAUGGCGUACGCGGUCGGGAGGAUACGGAAGCAGGUGGACAUCACCAUUCAGGUGACGGACGAGCUGAAGAAGCUCACGCCGGAGAAGGUUCGGGAGGCGACCGUGGUGCAAGCGAACAAGGUGCAGGAGAUGCCCACGCUGUUGCUGGACACCUCUAAGAGGAUGGUUGACUCGGGGACCAAGUUCGUGCGGAAUUACCUCGAGGAGCAAGAGAGGAAGUGA